GGGUAGGUCGAUGCACACAUUACAUCACAUCAGUCAGACACCCACUGUUUUGCUCCAUUCUGUGUCUGUCGAGAGCUUUAUGCGUCUGCUCUUUACUGACAAUGACAUAUGUCCGUAACUCUCGGCUUGUCACACAAACCCCACACCCCCUACACCCUCGAAGUCGCUUAAGACAUCAUGACAGACGCUGCCGAAAGACCCAGACCAAGUGCACCAUAGAUAGAGCUACUUGAUCCGCUUCACCACCGGUCAGACGGGCGUGCCCGACACUGGAGCCGUGUGGAUGCUCAGACGGUAUUUCCCUUCAUCACUUGACAGUGACGCCACCACCAAUCGGUUCUCUCCUGCCUGCAAUGCACGCAGUAUGCCUGCAAAAAGUGGUGCAUACUGCUGCUCACCUUGAAGGUGACGUCGAUCUGCACAUUGUAAUUCUGAGUGAAUGCGUCGUCACCCAAUGGCUGAGUGCAAUGUGUGCUGACCAAAGCCACUGCCACUUGCCGAGCCUGCCGAGACACGAAAAUAGACAGUGCAUUCGGGACCUUUCUGUUUCUUGUGCGAUUGCAAAAUACCAUAUGAGACUCCAGGAGGAUGACAGCACUGACAUUCUCAGGGGUCGUUACGCAGUACUGGGGAUUCUUGUUGAUUUUGCGAUCUCCUGGCGUCUCCGCCGUCCAUUCGCCGUCGUGAUACUGCGAUAUCCAGCCGGCAGGAAUCAAAGGGUCCAAUUCAAACAGCGAGGCCUUAACCGUCGAAAAGACACUCAUUGUGAAGCAGAAGUCCUCCUGCAUUUGGGAAACACACGUCUUCAGUAUGAAAGCAAGACUCUUUCCUUUCUUUUCGCACCUUCCGUUUGUGCUGAUCGACCACUUAAUUCAAGAAAAGAAUCAAUGGGGGAGAAGGGAGAAAGGAAGAGUGCAAGAAAGGAAGGGUGAAGAAGACAGGGUACCAAUCGUGUAGUUGAGAUUCAAGUCUUUUCGCAUCCAAUCGUGCCUCUUGCGCCAAGGCAGUCGGAAUUUGUCCAGUUUGAUCAUCAGGCUUGAUGGUGCACCCAGCUCCGACCACCGAGAGCCGCCGGGCCUGAGCACCCGGUCGCUACCCUCGAAGAUGUGAGUUGUGAUAGAGAUGCGCUUCUCCUUCUCCUCCUUGACCUGAUCCGCGGCGCUGAUGUGCCGAUGCAGCUGCACCCAUACUUCCACUUCACCCACAGACAAGUCCUUGGUUGACGGCAGCAAUGUAAGGGCGAACUGGGGGCUGAAUGCCGACACUGUGCGUGCGGUGCUGAUGAAGGCUGCUUGGCCCGUGGGAUUGAAGCUGCACACACACACACAUACGCACACACACGCACGCAGCCAUCCAACCAUCCACGCAGACAGACAGACAUACAGACAUACAGACACACGGGCAGAGAUAGCGAGAGAGUACCAUGAGCGGAUAAGGGCUCACCAAGAAUGAAUAUCAACUCGAUGAGGAAAGAUGGAGGGGGGAUGAUAGGCUAGGGCGAUGUCUUCGAAGUGCUUUGCUACGGCGUCCCAUUCCAUCCAAAAGCAUCCAUCGUCCUCUUUAUGCUGCGACACACACACACACACACACACACACACAUGGCGUGCGUGAAAAAGCACGACCUCUAAAAUGUACCUUCUCUGGAUUGUAUUUCAGCUGGCUCUUCAU